UGCUCCCGCCGCCGCCGCCUCUGCGAGUGCGAGAGGCACAGAGCAGAGCAGCGUCCAGCGCGCUAGAGCGGGAGGCGGCGGGCUCUGGCUGGCCCACGCUCCGCCGCGGCACCCCCAGCCUCUGCGCCUCAGCGCAGCCCCUCGCCUCCCGGGCGGCAGCGGCUGCUGCUGCUCAACGCUUUGCUUGGCUCCUUCUUCGCCUGGGCGCUUGGGUCGUGCCGGCUGCUGCCUAGAGUCACCUCCAGCUCCCCCUGGUUGCGGGAGGGAGGCUCCAGGGGCUGUACCGCCUGCCUCCUCCUGGCGCCUCGGUUGGGGCUUUGCAGACCGGACUGAGCGGCCCUGCUUGGGAGGGCAGCGGAGAGAGAGAGGGCAAGACUGGCAGCGGCCCCUCGUCCCGUCCCAGGAGGAGCUGCAUGCAGCAGGUCUAGGGGAAGUGGAAGCAGCACAGGCAUGUUCCUGGAGUGCACCUGGAGACUAUACCGUCUAUAAAGCUUGCUGAAGAUAGACAUAUGUGCUGCAAUGGUGACAUAAAUUAUUAAGCAGGACUGGAACAAGUUGUUGAAAAGUUUUUUUUUUUUUUUUUUUAAUGCUGCUGCUGUUGGAAGCAAUCUAAGGCAAGUAUACAACAUGAGUUUUAUCAUGAAACUUCACAGACAUUUUCAAAGAACAGUUAUCUUGCUUGCCACUUUUUGUAUGGUAAGCAUUGUUAUUUCUGCUUACUAUUUGUAUAAUGGCUACAAACAGGAAAAUGAACUUUCUGAGAUCGCUUCAGAAUUGGAAUGUGGUGAUCUUCAGCUGUUGCCAUACAAGUUAAUGGAGCUGAAGACAGUGAAGCCCGUUGAUCCCAUGCGGACUGAUCCCGUAGUGCUGGUGUUUGUGGAAAGCCAGUACUCAACACUCGGUCAAGAUAUAAUAACAAUUCUAGAAUCCAGCAGAUUUCAGUAUCACAUAGAGAUUGCUCCUGGGAAAGGUGAUCUUCCAGUGCUUAUAGACAAAAAUAAAGGCAAAUAUGUUCUCAUUGUGUAUGAAAAUAUUUUAAAGUAUGUGAAUAUGGACUCAUGGAACAAAGGCCUUCUAGAUAAAUACUGUAUUGAAUAUGGUGUGAGUGUCAUUGGAUUCCAUAAGGGCAGCGAGAACAGCUUGCAGAGCAUUCAGUUUAAGGGCUUUCCUUUCCAUGUUCAUGGCAAUCUGGGUGUUAAGGACUGUUGUGUUAACCCUCAUUCCCCAUUGCUUCAUGUAACUAAAUCCUCUAAGCUUGAUAAAGGUCCCUUGCCUGGAAAUGACUGGACAGUUUUCCAGAUUAAUCAUUCAGCCUAUCAGCCAGUGAUAUUUGCAAAAAUAAAGACUACAGAAAACCUCCCACUACCCAUCACUAAAAAUGCUCUCCAUGCCACAGUAGUUCAUGACCUGGGGCUUCAUGAUGGGAUUCAGAGAGUCCUCUUCGGCAACAACUUGAACUUUUGGCUGCACAAGCUGAUCUUUAUAGAUGCCGUUUCUUUCCUGUCUGGGAAAAAGCUCACAUUGUCCUUGGAUAGGUACAUUCUUGUUGACAUAGAUGACAUCUUUGUUGGGAAGGAAGGAACAAGGAUGAAUGUCAAUGAUGUGCAGGCCCUGCUUGAUACGCAGAAUCUUUUGAGAGCUCAGAUUACAAAUUUUACUUUCAACCUGGGAUUUUCAGGGAAAUUUUACCACACAGGAACUGAAGAGGAGGAUGAAGGUGAUGACUUGUUGUUGGGGUCUGUGGAUGAGUUCUGGUGGUUUCCCCAUAUGUGGAGUCACAUGCAGCCUCAUCUCUUCCAUAAUGAAUCGUCACUGGUGGAGCAGAUGAUUCUCAACAAAAAAUUUGCCUUAGGACUACGCAUUUGGGACUUAAGUGGUAUAUGGUCCUCUGCACGGAGAGUGAAUUUUAUCAGCAGAGUGGCAAUGGGCAUGGCCCUCAGCCCUACACAGGAACAUGGCAUUCCAACUGACAUGGGCUAUGCGGUAGCUCCGCACCACUCCGGGGUUUACCCUGUCCAUGUUCAGCUUUAUGAGGCCUGGAAAAAGGUCUGGAAUAUCAAAAUCACCAGCACAGAAGAGUAUCCACAUCUAAAACCUGCACGGUACAGGCGGGGCUUCAUCCACAAAAAUAUCAUGGUCCUUCCUAGGCAAACCUGUGGUCUGUUCACUCAUACAAUUUUCUAUAAGGAGUAUCCUGGAGGUCCAAAAGAACUAGACAAGAGUAUCCAGGGUGGGGAGUUGUUUUUCACAGUUGUUCUCAAUCCAAUCAGCAUCUUCAUGACCCAUUUGUCCAACUAUGGGAAUGAUCGCCUGGGGUUGUAUACCUUUGUGAAUCUAGCCAACUUUGUUCAGAGCUGGACCAACCUGAAACUGCAAACUCUGCCUCCAGUCCAGCUGGCUCACAAGUACUUUGAGCUCUUUCCUGAGCAGAAGGACCCUCUCUGGCAGAAUCCCUGUGAUGACAAGCGGCACAGAGAUAUCUGGUCUAAAGAAAAAACCUGUGAUCGAUUACCAAAAUUCCUGGUUAUAGGACCCCAGAAAACUGGUACCACAGCUUUGUAUUUGUUCCUGAUUAUGCAUCCUUCCAUCAUUAGUAACUCCCCCAGCCCAAAAACCUUUGAGGAGGUACAGUUCUUUAAUAGAAAUAACUACCACAGGGGGAUUGAUUGGUAUAUGGAUUUCUUCCCUGUACCAUCCAAUGUCAGCACUGACUUUCUCUUUGAAAAAAGUGCCAACUACUUCCAUUCCGAGGAAGCUCCCAAACGAGCAGCUUCCCUGAUCCCUAAGGCCAAGAUCAUCACCAUUCUCAUCGACCCAUCAGAUCGGGCAUACUCCUGGUAUCAGCAUCAGCGAUCUCAUGAAGACCCUGCAGCUCUAAAAUUUAGCUUCUAUCAGGUGAUCACAGCUGGACCUCGAGCCCCAUCAGAGCUUAGAUCUCUACAGAAGAGAUGUCUAGGACCUGGAUGGUAUGCCACCCAUAUAGAAAGAUGGCUAACUUAUUUCCCAACUUCUCAGUUGCUAAUUAUUGAUGGACAGCAGCUGAGAACUGACCCAGCUACCGUGAUGGAUGAAGUGCAGAAGUUUUUGGGAGUUUCUCCUCAUUAUAAUUACUCUGAAGCCCUAACGUUCGAUUCACAUAAAGGUUUCUGGUGUCAACUCCUGGAAGAAGGAAAAACCAAGUGUCUUGGAAAGAGCAAAGGCAGAAAAUACCCUCCUAUGGAUUCAGAGUGUAGGGCUUUUCUGUCAAGCUACUACAGAGAUCACAAUGUGGAACUGUCAAAACUCCUGCACAAAUUGGGACAACCCCUGCCAUCAUGGCUGAGACAGGAACUACAGAAAGUGAGAUAGCAUUGAGAGGAAGCUUCUUGAAAUCUCUCUUCCACACUUCAGUCAUCUUACCUAAAGCCUUCAAUAGCUACCAGAAGGCAGGUGUAAAAUAUACCUCUUCAAAAGAGAAUAAAAGAAUGAAGUUCUUUCCAUAUGCUGGCAUGUGGAUGGUGAAAAUGUUUGUGUCUCUUAGAACGCUGGAGGCCUGCAGGUUUUCUCUUCAGCAUUUCUGGGCCUGUGGAAUUGUUGUAAACUACUGUGCGCACAUGUGGAAGUCAAUAGUAACUGGUAUAAGCUUUAAAAGCAAAGCUACACAACUGUCCAAUUUCAUAGUAAAUAUUUACACUUUUAUAUUCGAACUUAGGAGUGUUGUGUCUCAUGUAAGUUUUGUAGCCCAUUGUUUGCCUGCUCAUGGUUUUUCAUACUUUUUGAUUAUUAUGUGUCUUAUACAAAACAAAAAACAAAACCCUGUAUAACACACAAUGGCCAGAUCUACUCCUGCCUUUGGAAUCUGCUUACCAAAUUUUGAACUUAAAAUAAAUGAACACAGUUGAGGAAUACAAACACAUGUUGCUUAGGUGUAAACAAUAGGAGAGAAUAUGUAUUGUGAGCCAAAUCCUGAAGCCACAGGCUAAAACACUGUAGCAAGAAAUGAUGUAAGAAAUAUGGCCCUGCGCUGUGAGGAGGAAACCAUAGUGUGCUGUGGAUCCCUUUCAAGUUCAGAAUCUAUGCUUUUAAAUACUGCACCUCCAUACACAGUCUGCUGAAACAGCAACACAAAGGAAUAUAGACUAUUCUGAACAGAGACGACUAUAUGUUUAAGAAGAAAUCUAAUUAGAUAUAUGAAGCACAAAGUUAAAAAAUAAAUUGACAUUGUAAUAAUCUGAGUGUUAAACUUAUAUGACUGUGAACCAAACCAUAGCAAUGCAAUGAACAAAUGACUUGAGUGGAUCUUUCAUACCUAGCUCCUGUGAGUUUCAAGUUAUGGGGCCUAGAUUCUGAUCUCACACUGCUGUAAAUGAGGAGUAACUCCAGUGAAAUCAGUAGACUUAUAUCAGCGAAAAACUGGUGUGAGAACAGAAACAGACCUAUAUUAAGAUUGCCUUAAUUUACAAUAUAUCUUGUCCUGGUUUUUGGUGUGUUGAAUUUUAUGUAUUUAUUUGAUGUGUGUUUCCCAAAACUCCUCUUAUACUGACUGAAAAGCGGUGGCAUCUCUCAAUGCCUUCCAAUUUAAUACAUGCAAGUUGCAAAAACAUACUUCUUUCCCCAGGGAGAUAUAUUUUUUAAAAGUUUUGUAAUUAAAUAAAUGAGUAAGUUAAAUAAAAAUUAAUACAGUGUGCAGUCAUGAUAUAGAAUUAGGUUUCAGUACUGCAAACACUUAAGUUAUAUGUUUAAGUUUACACAGUGUGAGUACUCUCAGUUAAACAGCACGCCUACUUAAACAUGUGAGACCAGGGCAUAAUUGUUAAUGCUUCAAAAAAUUAGGAAAGAGAUCAUUAAAAAUAUGAGCCAAAUUUAGCUCUCAUGUCACUCCACUGAAAUAUGGCUCAAUGUGUUUUAAAAAUGCCCGACAGCUAAUGAAUAAAUACCCAAAGUCAAAAAAUGGGCAUGAUAGGUUACCCCUGCUCCCUAUAUAUACUAUUGUUCCAAAUUUGAUGCUUGGUUCUGUAACUACAUUCCCAAUAUUUGCUUUAAAAUGGGCAGUUAAAAAGUACAUCAAAUGAUGGAAAGCUUUUCUAUGUUUGUCAUAAACCAUACAAUUUAAUUUUUAUGGUAAUGGGAUGGAAACCAGUUUAUUGUUCACUAAAUAGAAAACAGAUGUUGAGAUCCUAACUUGUAACUUUUUUUACUCAUGGACUUUGUCUUUGUAAUACAUAAUUUUGAUAGGCCUGUAAAGAAAAAUAUCUAGGCAAAUUUCCUGUGUAUAAAGAUAUACAUUACUCAGCACAUUAUUGCAUAAAGGAGUAUGCAU